UAACAGGCUAAGCGAUCCUCCACUCAUGGAUUAUUCAACAAGUGGUGAGUCCCAUGUCGCCAGCUGGGAGGGAGAGAUAUGGAGCAAUAAUCUUUUAUAAAACAAAACAAACACCUUUGAGCUUUUUUUUAAUUGUGAAAACAGGAUUAGAAAACCAAAGCGACAGGUGAGCAGCAGCAUAUCUAAAUCGACGGUAGGUGAGUCCAGGUCACAUCCCCGCGAACAUAGGUAGACAGAAGAUGUCCUGAAUGAUUGGAUACGAUCAGAUAUGUAUCGGUUAAAUAUUGCAGCAAGCAGUAAUCGGGAUAGUGUUGGGCGAAGACGAAGCUUUGGGAAUGAAAGAUGCGUUCCCUACUGGACAACCUAGAUCACCUUACCUGAAGACUCGCCCUCUUCGGGUGGGAAUGGUGUCUUCCUGCAGACUUGAACUAACGGGAAAAACGAAGCAUAGCGUUCAAAUACAUUACAAUGGAUAUUCAUUUUGCAAGAUGAACUACGGGUUGUGUUAACACAGAAGUUACAAUUAUGGCGGAGAACACGCUUCUCGCGGCAAGGCAGGGCGACGUGCAAGUCCUGAAGGGGCUUUUAGGAACCAAUGAACUGAACGACGGCGUGAAGGAUGUCCUCGGAGCGUCCCCCGUGCACCACGCCGCCCGAGCCGGGAAGCUGACAUGUCUGCGUUUCUUGGUGGAAGAGGCUGGCUUGUCGGGGAACACUGUGGCCAACAAUGGCGCCAGUCCGGCGCACGACGCAGCGGCCACGGGCAACCUGGCGUGUUUACAGUGGCUGCUGACCCAGGGGGGCUGUCGACCCGAGGACAGGGACAGCUCGGGAGCUACAAUCCUCCACCUCACAUCUCGCUUUAGUCAGCACGAGCUCAGCGAUUGGCUGCUCAAGAGCGGUGAGGUGGACCCCGGGGCCACCACAGACUCGGGGGCCCUCCCUGUUCACUACGCCGCUGCCAAGGGCGACCUGCCGUCCCUCCGACUGCUGCUGGGACACAGCCCAAAUGUUGUCAAUUACCAAACCAAGAAUGGUGCCACGCCCUUAUACCUGGCCUGUCAGGAGGGCCACCUGGAGGCCGUCCAAUACCUGGUGAAGGAUUGUGGGGCGGAGCCAAGCAUCCGAGCCAAUGACGGCAUGACUCCGCUGCAUGCCGCCGCCCAGAUGGGCCACAACACCGUCAUCGUGUGGCUGGUGAGCUUCACGGAGGUGGGUCUGUCGGACCGCGACGGGGACGGGGCCACGGCCAUGCACUUUGCGGCCAGCAGGGGCCACGCUAAGGUGCUGAGCUGGCUGCUGCUGCACGGGGGGGAGACCGUCACGGACAGCUGGGGAGGAACACCGCUCCACGACGCCGCGGAGAACGGAGAGCUGGAGUGCUGUCAGAUCAUGGUGGUGAACGGGGUGGACCUGGGCAUCAGGGACCACGACGGCUUCGCCGCCGCCGACCUGGCCGAGUACAACGGACACCCGCAGUGCGCCAAGUACCUGCGCACGGUGGAGCACAUGAGCGUGGAGCACCGGGUGCUCUCCAGGGACCCCUCCACAGACCUGGAGUACAAGCAGCCCGACUCAGGCCUGUCCUCGCCCAACACCACCAUGCCCCCCAUCAACCCCCCGGCCCGCUUCGACCUGGGCUCCCCCUCCAGCAGCCUCUCCAACUACGACUCGGCCAACUCCAGCCAGACCAGCACCGGGGAGAAGAGGGGCGGAGCCCCGCCGGCCCCCCCUGCUCCCACCACGCUGCCAGGUGGUUCAGCGACGGCCAUCACCAACAUGCAGGCCUACAUGGACAUGCUGAACCCAGAAAUCAGGUCCGAUGUCCCGCAGGGGAGCGCGCCCUCCUCGGCCGCGGGCUCCCAGGCCCCUGGGCCUGCACCUUCGUCAUGUCCAGCAUCAGAGAUAGACCUACCGGACCUGCCUCCACCUCCUCCCCCACCACCCCCUCUACCACCCCUAAUCCCUCCACCCCCGCCCGAGUUCCCUCCCCCGCCUCCCCCACCCGGGGUAGAGGCCACCCUGCCCCCUCCCCCUCCCCCUCUCCCGCCCCCGCCGCCGCCCGGCUACCCGGCCCCCCUGCCCCCGUCCGGGGUCCCGGGGCAGCAGCCCCUGAGGGCUUCGGGUUCUGCAGAGUACCUGAAGAUCAAGAACAACCUGCGGCACGUGGAGAACGACAAGAGACAGCUGACUGCAGCGGAGAGCCGUGAUAGGCUGCGGCGGGUGGACUCCAACAGGAAGUCGAGGAGCUUCAGCAAACAGCCCAGCACUGGGGACUACUACAAGGCCCUGGGCAGUGACACCCAGACAGCCCAGCACCCUGGGAGCAGCGCCAUGCCGCCAAACGAGGAGGGCUCCGCUCUAUUGGAGGAGCCUGCUCAGAGCCCCGCACCCGUUCCGGAGAAUGGCACAUUAGCGGGUGUGGUCCCUCCCCCACCUCCUCCUCCUCCUCCGCCACCACCCCCGCCAAGCAACGCCGUGCCGACUCCGCCCCCUCCGCCGCCGUUGCCCCCGGAUACGCCCUCCGCCGCCAAGUCGCCCAAAACUAAAGGGGACGUCGAAGGAGCCCCGAGACGAUCCUCCUCAACAGGAACUGGGGGUCUUCUGCUCUCCCCUCGUGAGGCGGAGCCUGGGGUGCUCAGGCAGAUGAAGAGCAACAAAUCCUUCAACAUGAUGUCCCCCACGGGAGACAACUCGGAGCUACUGGCGGAGAUCAAGGCUGGGAGGAACUUGAAGCCCACCACCCACAAUAAGGGCUACACCACCGUCUACACCAGCGGCGGCCCCCCGGGCACCAAUGGAACCCCCGACCCGGAACAGGACGAGGGCACGGAAGCUGCCCCCCCAGAACCCAGCCCCCCAGUGCCCAGCCCCCCGGUCGCUAACCCCCCGCCCCCGGCCGCAGUUAAGGCUCCCACGUCUCCCCCCGCCACGGCCUCCACCAGCCCCACCCGGACGGCCAGCCCCAGCCCGGCCCCCAGUCCCACGGGCUCGGGCCAGGGCCGGUCCUCCCCCUCGGGCUCCGUGGUCAACGGCGGGGGCGCGGCGGUCCGGAAGACCAGCCUGGCGGACGUGGAGGCGAUGGUGCCCACCCACGACGAGCAGGGCAAGGCCAUCCCGGAGUGGAAGCGGCAGGUGAUGGUGCGGAAGCUACAGGCCAAGGUGCAGGAGGAGGAGGAGCACCGGCGCAAGGUGGAGGAGGAGGCCGCCCGUCUGGCCUCACUGCCAGCCUGGCGGAGAGACGUGAUGAAGAAGAAGAUGGAUGAAGAGAAGCUGGACAGGGAGCAAAAGAGAAAAGAAGAGCAGGAGGUUAAACAAGCCAAGGAGACUGAGGAGAAGACAGAGCAGGAGCGGCUACGGACCCUGGGCUACGACGAGACCAAGCUAGCUCCCUGGCAGCGCCAGAUCAUCCUGAAGAAGGGGGACUUGACUAAAUAGCGACACUCGGCUUUGGCCUUCACCAUCAGGAACAGGACAGUCCGAAGAGCGUAGGACUCCCCCGCUCGGCCGCUGCGGAGACACAAGACGACGACAUCGACUGCUUCGGUUCUAUUCAAAGUCUGGGGAACACUAAACGGUCAGAUAAUUUAGAGUUGAUGCUAGCGGUGUCUAAUUUCUAAAAGUAAAGUAGCUAAUUAUUCUCCUCGUUCUCUCGUCAAGACAUUUGCGGAAAUUGGUAUGCGUCUGAACUAUAUUACGAUUAUCUUUAGUACUGUAAUGACACUUUUAGCCGAUAGAUGCUAGGGCUGUUUUCACAACACUGUUAAUAGAUGGAGUCCCACACACACACACACACACACACACACACACACACACACACACACACACACACACACACACACACACACACACACACACACACACACACACACACGCGCACACACACACCUCUACUGUAACCAGAGGCUAGUCUAAAAGCUACAAUUUUGCCAUCAGGAAAAUCUCCUGUUCAAUUUUUGUUUUUCUUCACUCGCCAGUAUACAAGAAAUGUUAAAUCUGUUGUGGAUUAUUGUUGGAAUAAUAAAAGUAAAUAGUUGAUCAAACUCUGAAUGGCAUAAUGUAACAAAACAGCGUCGUUCUAGUGAUAUUUUUGUAUGGAGCUCUAUUCAUAUCCUUAUAAUUUCACUCCACUGCCAGAAACAUAUAUUCUUAAAUGAGAUAUCAUGUGUUCUAUAGACUGUUAUAUCAUGGUAGAUUUGAAAUAGUAAUAAAUCCUAUUUCAAAUCAAUGAAAGAUUGCCAGUCAAAUUAUUUACAAAAGAUAAUUUAGUCUCAUGUAGUAUACAUAGAUCAAUACCUAGGUACUGCAUCCCAGAGGGGAAAUUAUAACACUUUUCCUGCAAACAUUUUAUAUUUAAAACCAUUUAGAUGAAUAUUGGAAAGCCACAUCAUUACUUGGAGCCCUGGAAGAGUUUUCUUAAAAUACAAUAAACAUUCACUUAAAUUCAGGAAGCAUCAAACGCAAAAGUCUUUGGACUUUGGACAUCGCACCUGCAAGACAAACAAUUCAAACUUAGAAAAAGGUCCCUGCUAUUUCCAAUAGCAGGGACUCAUCCCAUGAAUGACAAAAUGACAUUCCACCAUUAGAGGGCUGACUCCUCCUUCAGUUCGUAUUCUCCAUGACAUUUCUGAGUCAUGUGACUCAACUGCAGAAGAUGCGUUCAAACAAACAAUAUGGCAAAAAGCAAAUGUUUGCAGGGCACGGAGCAGUGCAAUGUGAUGCUGACUGUGUUGGAUGUGUCUUUCUGAAUGUGUUCGUAAAUUCAUGGCAAAACAUAUUAUAUUAUAUAUUUGCUUCAUUGAUGUAUGUCCAUUUUUGUAGUUUAUCCUACGAGCAUAUCACAUCAUCGUGAAAUUCAUGGUCCUUGUGUGAGUAAUAAUUUGGAAAUAGUCGCUUUCAUUGGAUGCCAUAAUAAUUUAAAAAAUAAAGACUAUCUGAACGUCAA